UCGGCCAGGCUACACUAGAGGCGCUUCCCUCCUGCGCCCGGCCGGUGCACAUGGGGUCCCGCUCAGGCCGGCUGUCUGGGGCGGACGGGGACACCUCCUCGUUACUGCCACCGGUUAUCUGGGCGCAAGUGAUGCAGGAACGUGAAUGGUCAGGAAGAAGCGGACAGAGACAUCGGAGGAGAGGGCAGCCUGUAUGAAGAAGGUGUCAUCUCCACAUCCCUCGCUGUCUGAAGCUGGUGCUGCCGACGUUUCCUCCUCCAUGGCCCCACAGGAGAUGUCCAGGUGGAGAUCCCCAUGCAGCUGAUCCUGGAGAAGAAGGUGUCCUGUAACCUCAUGGCUUUCUUGAGUGGCCCCCGGCUCCUGGACUGGGCCAGCUCCCCCCCACACCUGCAGUUUAAUAAGUUUGUGCUGACGGGAUACCGACCCGUGGCCAGCGGAGCCGAGUGUCUGCGGAGCCUGUUCUACCUGCACAACGAGCUGGGCAACAUCUACACACACGGGAUCCCACUCCUCGGCUUCUGUUUCUUACUCCCUUUACAAAUUCCAUGGCGCCAGCUGUCUGUACCUUGGCUUGGUGUGGUCCAUUACUUGGCCUGUAUCAGCCCCCAGCUGGGCAGUGUCCUAUACCAUCUCUUCAUGAACCACCAUGGUGGGGCGUCCGUCUACCACAAGCUCCUCACACUGGACAUGUGCGGCAUCUGCCUUGUCAACACUCUGGGUGCGCUCCCCAUCAUCUACUGUACGCUCCUCUGCCAUCCCGUCACACGGAGCCUGGCUCUCUUGACCUACAGCGGCUUGUCCAGUUACGUCAUCUUCUGCGCAGUCACUGCUCACAGUAACGUCAGCCGCCUCUGCUCGUUUGCCUGGCAGGCUGCCUUCCGCUUCUUCUUCUUCUAUCUUCGUUGGGCAGGGCUGGGCUCCGGCCAUCCUUCUUCACUACGCUGCUACCUCCUUAUGGAUAGCCUGGCCCUACUCGGAGGCAUCAUUAACGUUUCCCGCCUUCCUGAACGUUUACAACCUGGAAAAUUUGACUACUGGUGCAAUAGUCACCAGAUCAUGCACGUCCUGGUGGUGAUCAGCAUCUUGUAUUUGCACUGGGGUGUAACCUCUGACCUCACUUGGAUAAGCAGUUCUCCCUGCCCGUUGGAGUGACGCGCCCUCCGAGACCACAGCACGGAGAUGUAGGUGAAGGCGCAACCAGCAAAACAAAACUUGAAGUAGAACUUAUACGUAGAUUUCCUCAGUACCUGAUGGAGGACAGAAGUAUUUAUUAUUGACUACUGUAAGGACUAAUGUAACCAGGAGCCUCCAGGGAGGUUCUACCAUAUCAGUAUUACAUCUCCAGUAGGAGCAGGAUGUGGUCACCAUGACAGACGACAGAUCUCCUGCUCCACCACAGAUCAUGGCUGCUAAAACCAGAAGCACCUCACAGUCAAGACGAUGGAGGAAGCCGACACACGGACUGUGGUCCUCCAUGGACCGUCCUAUGCUCCAGCCGUAGGGAGGCAGCAGUGCACCCAGGGGAGGGCGCUACACAUGGGAAGAGCAGGGACAGGUCACACGCCGGUUCUGGUGUCGAGAACGUUUAAUAACAUUUCAUUCACUUAUAUCAUGAAGGGGAAGAGUUGUGAGGGCGCCCCCCGCCCCAAGGGUCCAGACCGAGCGCUAGAAGUCAUUCUUACAGGAAAGCCGUUUCUUUAGACCCCCCCCAGCAAGUAUGAGAUAGCAUAAGAGGAGGCUGUAGUUCCCACUGCUCGUGUGCCAGGAGGAAUAGUUGCCUUACACCUUGUCUAGACUAAUGAGCCUUUAGCUGCUCCUCCUGGGGUGGCUGGAGCAGACAGACGGGGCUUUGCACGAGGCCAGUAUUACUAAUGCAAUAAUAAACCUUUUCUGAAAACUUGUCUGCACCGUCGUCAUUUAGAUAAACAGACUCCGUCCGCCUCUGCAGCGGAGAAAGGAGGCCCACGACAAUGUGCCGCCGCCAUCA